AGAUUGUUUUUGUCAAUGGUCAACUUUUUCUUCUUGGUUCCAUUUUGUAGUUCCUUUUGCCUUCCUCAUUCCGUCUCUCUCCCAUUUAUAUUCUCUUCCACAGGUUUCACUCUCCGCACCAUCGAACAUCAGAGAGCGAGCGAGCGAGAGAGACACAGAGCCUGCAACAGUGAUAGUGAUAAUGGGCGAGACUCAGUGCCACGUUGUUAUGGUUCCCUGGCUAGCCUUCGGCCAUAUGAUUCCCUUUUUGGAGCUCUCCAAUGCCCUGGCGGCCAAAGGAAUUAACAUCUCCUUUGUCUGCACCCCAAAAAACAUAGAAAAGCUUCGGCCCAAGAUCCCCACGCACCUCGCGUCCCGCAUCCAUCUCUUGGGCUUCCCGUUGCCGCCCGUAGCCGGUUUGCCGGAAAACGCUGAGGCCACCGCCGAUCUGGAGCAAGAUGCAGUGCAGUACCUGAAGAAAGCCUACGACAUGCUGCAAGAGCCGCUGGAGACGCUGGUGAGGUCGACGUCCCCGGAUUGGAUUAUAUACGAUUUCGCCACUUAUUGGGUCCCGCCGAUCGCAAGAAAGAUGAGCAUCCCCUGCUCUUUCUACAGCAUCUUUAGUGCUGGAGCCACAUGUAUUUUUAGCAGUCUCUCAGAAUGCAGUGGUAGAACGGGAAAAUUGACGCCAGAAGAUGUGAUACUUGCUCAUUGCUUCAAUUUCCCGUCGACCGUGAGGUACAAGCUGCACGAGGCGGUCUCCCUCUGCAGAGGCGGAGGUCAAAAUGCGUCUGGUGUGACUGACGGAGAGCGCAUGGAAUGGGCGAUCCGGGGAUGCCAAAGCCUGCUCGUUAGAAGUUUCAUGGAAUUCGAAGGGGAAUACAUAGUUGCCCUUCAAGAACUCACUCGGAAACCUGUCAUUCCCAUCGGUCUGCUCCCCGCUGCAGUAGAAGAACAACAAGCUUCUAAAGCAUCGAACCUCAAAUCGGUUGCAUGUUUUAGAUGGCUAGAUCAGCGAGACCCAAGAUCGGUUGUGUUUGUGGCUUUCGGUACAGAGGCCAGGCUGAGCAAGGAGGAGAUACAAGCGAUAGCGGAGGGGCUGGAGCUAUCCAAUCUGCCCUUCUUUUGGAUAUUAAGGAAGCCGGGCCAUGUUUCUGCUUCUAGUACUAGUGGUGGUGGCGGUGACGAUAAAGAAGACGAUGUUGAUGAUCCUCUGCCACCUGGUUUUCGAGACCGAACCGCACAACGAGGGUUCAUUAGCAUGAGCUGGGUGCCGCAGGUGAAAGUCUUAGCGCAUGGGUCCAUUGGCGCAUGCCUGUACCAUUCGGGGAUGAGCUCCACCGUGGAGGCGCUCCAGUUCGGGUUGCCUCUAGUCCUUUUGCCAAUGGUGUUCGACCAAGGAUUGGUAGCAAGAUUAUUGGUGGAGAAGAAGGUGGGCAUCGAGGUGGAGAGGGAUGACAGGGAUGGUAGGUUCACCGGGCUUGAUGUUGCCAAGGCACUAAGGCUGGUCAUGGUUGAAGAUGAAGGGAAGCUCAUCGAGGAGAAAGUAAGGGAGAUGAAGUCUUCCAUCUUAGAUAACAAGGAACUCGGUGAUGGCUACAUUAAUCGGUUGGUUAAACAUAUAAGGGAUCGAGAAAAAGAAGAAGAAAAAAAAAGGCCGGCAGCAGGGAACAAGGAUUGAAGUUGCAGUUGAAGUUGGAGUUGGUGGUUUAUUUUGCAAUAAUAAUGGAGAAUGGUUAUUUGGCUUCACUUGUCGUGCGAGUUAUAUUCAUAUAACGAAGGCUGAACUUAUUGCUAUUCUUCAUGGUUUGAAUUGGUUUGAGAACGUGGCUUUCGUAAAAUUAUUGUUAUUGCUAUUUUUCAUGGUUUGAAUUGGCUUGAGAACGUGGCUUUCGUAAAGUUAUUGUUGAAUCAGAUUCCUUGUAGCUGUGAAUAAGGUUUUAAAAGACCUGCAGCCUCGUGAUCUUUUAUUUCAGAUAGUGAAACAGUGUGAAGAAUUGCUGAGA